UUGAAAGCUGGGCGGGACUCCGGCUAUGGUAUAAAAGAGGCACGCCACUGUCCCAGCUGCAGUGCUGAAGGUGGAGCAAGCCCCAGCUGUGAACGGCAAGUCAUCGUAGUGCCCUUGCAAUCAGACCCAGUGAGACCGAAGAAGAAAAGGCACGCUUCUGUUCGCCGCGCUGAACCCCAGACUAGGAGGAUGCGCCUCCUCGGUCGACUCCGCUCCUCGACUCCCGAGCCCGCCUUCUCCAACGUGCUCACUCCGGGCCGCAUCCCAGAGUUUUGCAUCCCUCCGCGGCUGCCCGUUCCUUGCGUUCCCGAAUCGCCGCUACCGGCCGCCGCACUACCUUGGCGCUGCGCGGCCGAACCCGACCUGUGGCUGCGCACCCCCACCGACUGCGAUGAUAAUGACUUUGACCACACGGGUCGCACCGACUGGGACCCGCGCUCACAGGCCGCCCUGUCGCUACCGCACCUGCCCCGCGCGCGCACUGCCUACGGCUUCUGUGCGCUGCUCGAGAGCCCGCACACGCGCCGAAAGGAGUCGCUCUUCCUCGGCCACCCAGGCGUCCCCCGACCCGGACUUCGCCACCGCGCGCACACCUACGCGGGACCGCGCCGAGCCUCGGACCCUGCGCGCCCCGCCCCGACUGAUAUGAACACUACCUCGCCACCCACUUCUGUGCCCCGCGUAAAGGAGGAAAGUAAAGAACCUCUAUCGCGAAAACGCCAGGCUAUUAACCUUGACCAGGUAGCUACCCAGGUGCGCUUGGGCAAGUGGCAGCCAGUGAAGUCCAGGGCCAAGGAUGAGCGGGAAAACGUUCAUGUAGAAGCGAGGAAAACCACCUCUGCCCCAAGUACCAUGUCUGAUGAAAGGCGCUGCCUCAAUGUAGGCCACGAAUGUCACUGA